CACAGCUCUGUUUUUCUGAUUGUGUGCAAAAUUUGACCUUAACUUACUGUUGCCCCUCUUGUGCCUGUAUUGGUUAAAUUUUUAUUACAAUAAUUAUUUGGCAGAAAAGCCCAAUUCGACUUUGCGCGGUGCUAUCGCUACGCGGCUCCCUCUAGCUUUCCGCAUCUCACGAGCACUUCCACCUUCCACACCAGAAGAAUCAUCAUGGCAGCAGACGUUGGCUAUGCGGCCUCCAGCAUCCUGUCGACGGACAAUGCCCGCGACCCCGAAUCCAACGAUUUCUCCUUCACCCCGUUCCUCCGGAAUAGUUUCGGCUUCGGUCUCGCCAGCGACGUCCCUGUCUGCAAAGCCUACAGCGAAGGCCACUGUCCUCUAGGGCCUGCCUGUCCAGAUCGCCAUCCCACUCCGACACGCGUUACCACAUCCACGACUACGGCGUCAGGUCUCGCCCCUUCGACUACACACGGCUCGCUCGUUUGCAAGCAUUUCCUCAAGGGGCUCUGCAAGAAAGGCCUGAAAUGCGAAUAUCUACACGAAUACAACCUUCGGCGGAUGCCGGAAUGCCAAUCUUUCACGCGAUCCGGAUACUGCCCCAACGGCGAUGAUUGUCUAUACCAACAUGUACGGGAGAACGCUCGCCUUCCACCAUGUGAGAACUACGACCAAGGAUUCUGCGAGUUAGGUCCGCUGUGCGCGAAGCGCCAUGUCCGACGACGUCUGUGUCAGUAUUACCUUGCCGGGUUCUGUCCGGACGGUAGAGCGUGUCCCGAUGGUCAUCCGCGUUGGAACGAGCAUUUGCCAAGGCCGUCAUUGCGGGUGGAGAAGACGGAGGAGGAGUUGGAGCGGGAACGAUCUUUAAUUCGGGAUGAGCAGGAACGCGAAAGGGAGAGGGAGCGUGAGUGGAGGAAUGAACGGGGUCGGGGAGGUGGGUUUAUGCGUGGUCGGUUUCGGGGUCGGGGGCGCGGCUGAGUGGGUUCUGGUUGUAUGUAUGGAGAGCAGCAUAGCUUGCAGAUUGAUUUCAUUUAGAGAUACCCAGAAAUUGACUUUUGAUGCUCUACUCUAUGCUACCUUGGAGGAAUACC